AUGCUUCUUGCUGCCGACAGCAGCGGGAGGAUGGAAGGGAGGUCGAGUUCGAGCUCCUCUCGCCGCUCGACGAAGGACGGACGGGGGCCGAAGAGGGACAGGUCGCCGGCCUCCGGGGGGAGACACCACCGAGGCGGCAGGGCGGAGAAGCCCCCGCAGAGAGCGGGGAAGAGCGGGGAGCCAAAGGGGGAGCAGGGGGGAGCCUCGGCCGAGAAGACGGAGGAGGAACCGGAGGAGGGCACGGAGAAGCCGCGCUCCACCGUCGUAGACGUGGACGGCGUGCGGGACGGCGAGGGAGACGGGGAGACGGAGGAGGCGCUGGGACUGCUGGAGAGGGAGUGGCAGGGGGAAGGAGUGAAAUGCAGGAGACCCGGUGUGUGUGAGUGGCUGCUGACUGGAGUGGUCAUCCUGGCCAUCGUCCUCUCCUUCCCCCUCUCCGUCUGGCUCUGCUUGAAGAUAGUGAGGGAGCAUGAGAGAGCAGUUAUUUUAAGACUGGGACAUCUUCUUCCAGGGAAACCCAGAGGACCAGGACUCCUCUUCUACCUCCCCAUCCUGGAUGUUUGCCAGAUAGUGGACAUUCGACUGAAAAUGCUAAAGGUCCCCUCUCACACGGUGGUGACGAAGGACCUGGUGAGCACGGAGCUGAGUGCGGCGUGUUAUUACCGCGUGGAGAACGCGUCUCUGUGCUUCACCUCCCUGUCGGGGGUCACCGCCGUGCUCCAGGGCCUGGUCCAGGCCUGCGAUAGGGAGGUCCUCGCCCGGCACACCUUCUCCCAGAUCCUGCUGGAGAGGAAGAAGAUCGGCCAAGAGAUCCAGGUGGCGCUAGAUGCUGUGACCUGCCAAUGGGGAAUCAAGGUAGAGAGGGCUGAAAUAGAGGACCUGUGUGUCCCAGCAGAGCUCCGGCACAGCGUCACGGCCGAGGCACAGGCCAAGAGCCUCGCCCAGAUCAAGGUGAUAGCAGCAGAAGGGGAGAAGGCUGCGUGUGAGGCUCUGAAGGCCUCUGUAGACGCUCUGUCUGGCUCCCCGGCUGCGGUCCAGCUGCGCAUCCUGCAGCUCCUGCACACUCUGCGCAGCGAGCAGUCAGCGCUGGUCCUCACGCUGCCCUCUGACCUCCUGACCCUGCCUGCCGACCUCUCCGCCUCCCUCAGCCCAGCCAAUCACAGCCCUCCGGCUGACGGAACAGCAGACCAUUCCCACAGAGACUCCCCCAUGAUGUAG